UGUGUUUCAGAGGUUUCCUGUCUCGAGCCUCCAGCCUGGCGGACACUCCCCCCGCCGCCUCGCGCUGCCGCUGGUCCGGAAGCGGAAGGAAUGUUGGCGUGUGAUUUUUUUUUUUUUAGAGAAGUUUGGAGAAGUUUGACAGUUUGAGAGCAGAGAGACAGACAGCUGCGGAAUGACGGUGAGACAGUCUCACCACACCGCCACUCACUGAUAUAAUACUACAAACUGCACACAGAGUACUGCAUACUGCUGGAGCUGCUGCUACUACUACUACUACCACUACUACUACUACUGCUGCUGAUACAAGUAAUACUACUGCCGCAGGUGUGUCAGCUGUAGUCUCUCGUCCAGCUGCUGAUGGGUCAGUGUCCGUCUGUCUGAUGGAGAGAGGAGCUCUGGACAUGGAGACAACCGCAGACCAAGAUCCUGGCGUCCCGUCGGACUGGAGGGCGGCGUGCCUGCGGCGCCGGGCCUGGGCUCAGAGCAGAGACUCCAUCUGGCAGCACCCGGAGGCGGAGGCGGAGCCGGGAGGCCCCCGGGGGCCCGAGCGGGGCCCGAGGGAGGCGGCCGCCCCGAGGCCCUCAGAGGAGCCAGGUCGAGUCCCGAACAAGAUCACCAGCUGGCUGAUCGAAUGCAGGACGCCUCUCGCUGCCUCUCUGGAUGAUCAGGCUGCUUCUCCCAGCAAAGGGGUGCACAGGAACGGCUGCAGCUUUGAAGAUGACCUUUCACUUGGAGCUGAAGCAAACCACCUUCAGUCCAGCGGCGGCAAAACCGAGUCCUGUUACACGCUGCCGGUGGAACAGAAGCGGACUCAGUAUAAGGAGCGAGGCAGGAGUAUGAACUCCACCGGCUCGGGGAAGAGCAGCACGGUGUCCAGUGUGUCGGAGCUCUUGGAUCUGUACGAGGAGGAUCCUGAGGAGAUUCUCUAUAAUUUGGGUUUUGGUCGUGAGGAACCCGACUUGUCCUCCAAGGUUCCGUCUCGGUUCUUCUGCGGCUCGUCUGGAGCGCGAGGCAUCGACAUCAAGGUUUACCUGGGAGCUCAGCUGCAGCGCAUGGAGCUGGAGAACCCCAACUACGCUCUGACCAGUCGUUUCCGUCAGAUCGAGGUGCUGACGUCAGUCGCUAACGAGUUCUUCCAGCUGUACAGCCAGGUGUCCGGUAACCCCAUCCAACGCAUCAGGUCCAAGGACCAAGCAGGAGGAGGGGGAGGAGGAGGAGGUGAAGGGGAGGUGACACCCUCUCCUCUGAAGAGGAACAACUCGGCUUUAAACGCCGCCAAGAUCCUCAAGAAAACGAUCACCAAACACAACCUGCUGGCUGGUGCCGCAGAGUCACCCGAGGCUCACACGCAGUCCGCUGGCCUCUCGCAGGAUAACGGGCACACCGACUCUGAACACACUCGUGCUAACGGUCACCACGUGCCGGACGCUGCCCUGGAACAAGACAGGUGCAGCACCGGCCCUGACCAGCAGGGGGAGUCGGCCGUCCAGAAGGCACUACGCAAAAAAGACAGCUGCUUCCUAGCGACUGUUACUGAGGAAACCAACGGCGACGGAGAGGCAGACAGGCUGGCACAAGACAGCUCUGGACGGAGCAGCGUCAGGCCAGCUGCCAACGGGGAGGAUCCUGCAGGGUCAGCUGACCUUAGACCAGCCAAUCAGACUAUAGAGGAGAGAGUGCAGGUGGUUGGACAGGAGGAAGUGAAGAAUCUGACCUCCACUCCAGAGAAACCUCCUCCCCUCGCUCUGGUCCCACCCCAGCUGGCCCAGCUCCGCUCAGAGACCACUGACUCCUUUGACAUGGAGGAGGUUCAGAGUAAUGAUGAUGAAGUUCUACCACUCAAAGCUUCCAGAGCCAAUGACUUGUUGAGGACUGGCAGUCAGCAGUCAGACAGCAGUGGUUUUGCUGAGGAUCCUUCCAGUGACUCCAACAACUUCCUCAAGCUGCAGGAGAGCAGUGACAGCUGCGACAGUGAGACCACGGUGACAUCACACGCCUCGCACGACGUGGCCACGCCCCUCGCCCUGGACCAGCCGGCUUUUGAUAGGCUGGUUGGAAAAGAAGAGGAGGAGGAGAAGCCUGGCAGCCACACCGAGGCAGAUGGGAGGUGUAGUCCAAGGGGAGCAGAGGAGCAUGAUGGGAGUUCUGAGCAGGUUGUGGAACAACUACCUGAGAACGGACUGACGAGUGCACAGGAGGACGGGAACCAGAACCAGAACCAGGAGCAGACUGAAACCAGGGACUGGGCUGGAGAGGAACCAGAAUCAGAAACAAGUCCAAACCAGACUGCUUCACAACCAGAACUAGAGCAAAACCAGAACCAGUCCAGUGCAGAUCCAGACCCGCAGCAGGGUGAGUCCGGUCAGGCUGUGAGUUCCCGGGCGGAGUGUGUCGUGUCAGACGGUGCCGGUCCAGAGGAUACCCUCAGUCCGUCCCUCAUGGUUCACAGUGCUCUGGAGCGAGCCAAACAGCACCAGCUGACCCGGGCCAGUCAGCGGGCCGACCUCCAGCCAAGAGAGACGCUCCACAGCCGGGGGAGGGGACGAGGAAGAGUGCCCUUCCAGAGGUCGUCCUCCCUGCCCUGCUCGCUCCUCUCGCCCUCGAAGGUCGUCUCCUCGGUCCGGAUCCAGUUUGGGCGAGGGGCGGCGUCCUGUACCCGUCCCAGGUACUCCUACAAAUACUGCCAGGAGGGAGGAGAGGAGGUGGAGGAGGUAGAGGAGGUGGAGGAGGACGAGGAGCAGCAGGAUGAGCAGGAAGGACAAACCAAAUGUCUCUCCACGCUGAUCAUAAACCCUGCCUCCUCUCACACUAACAACCAAUCACCAAGGCCUCACACGGAUGCACCUGCCCCCUUACGCCCCAAGGCAAUCCCGCCCUACCUGAUGCGGUCGUCCUAUUCGCUGCAGAGCCCCAGUCCUCCUCCUGAUUGGCCAGAGAGGUCGCUGGGAGGCUGUACCCACUCCUGGAGCACCCAGAGCAUCCCGGAUCUCUUCUCCAAUCAGCCGAACGCCAGCUGGAACCAGUCAAGGCCUGUGUUGUCCUAUUCUGGGACGCCUCAGCCCACCAACCCCAGCCCCGUCCCACCACAAUACCUAAAUCCUAUCGCCGGUUCGAACCCUAAUCCCAGCUCCCCAAACCCGUACCCCCUCAAUCCAUACGCAAGUCUUCCCAACCUCCACUACCCUAACGCCUCCCUGCCCCAUCAUGGUAGUCUAACCAGCCUCCACCAGCCUACAGCUCCCACAAUCCCCCAGCAUGGCAGCUUCUCCAACUUGCAUCAGCCUGCGACUCCCACAAUGCCUCAGCACACGAGUCUGAGCAACCUGCAUCAUCCUGGAGCUCCCAUCUUGCACCACCAGGGCUACCCUCACCCUCCGCCGCCUCACAGUCCGUAUCUUCAUCAGUCGCCUUACCACCUCACCCACCCCGGCUCCCCGUACCAGUCGCCCUACCACGGUUACCACGGUUACCUGCACCAUCACCCGGCCUUCCCCUACCCGCUCGCCCACAGCCCCAUCCAGCGUCCCGCGUCGGCCCCAGGCCACUCCCUCCACAGCCUCCUCCCUGGGGGGGCUCCGGCCGCAGCUCCAGGCUCCGCCCACGCCCCGUCCAGCACAGAGAUGCAGCUGAGGAGAGUCCUGCAUGACAUCAGAGGGACGGUGCAGAGCCUCGGACAGAGCUCAGCUGACAGCCCAGACAUGUUCAACGAUCACAGAGCAGCGCCACCCAGCCUGCAGUCUGUGGCCGAGUUACAGCAGAAGAGGCGGAGUCUCAAUCUGUUCCGUAGUCACAUGAUGGACCUGGAGCUGUCCAUCAUGCAACAGCAGGCUCAGGUCUACACACACAUGAGCCCCGCUGACAGGCUGGAGGCUGAGCAGCUGCAGACUCUCCGGUCAGCCGUCAGAGAGGAGCUGCAGGAGCUGGAGCAGCAGCUGGAUAAAGUGAUGGACCUCACUCAGCACACACGCCGCCUGACGGGUCUCCAUCGGGGCAGCAGCGUUGACAGUCUGUCCGCCGCCUCGGCACUGAGAGCCAUGGAGCCGGUGUCCGACCUCCUCAGAGAGCAGCUCCUCCUCCAAUCAGAGCUUGGUUACGAAGGCCACGCCCCCUCCACUGGUCCCUCCUCCCGAUGCUCUAGUCCAAUCAGGCGAGGUGGGGAGCACCAAGUGGGAGUGUACCGGGCGUCAAUCAACAUAACUCCUGCCCCGCCUCCCCGACUCAACACACACACUGAGGAGGAGGAGGGGGAGGAGGGGCAAGGGAGAGGGGAGGAGCCAACAGAGAGAGGAGGAGGAGGAGGAGGAGGAGGAGGAGGAGGGCAGGUGGAGAACCUCCAGCAGCUGAUCAGAGAGAUCAGAGAGAGCGUGGCGCAGGAGGUGCGACAGGAAAUCUUCAGCGAGCUUCUGGCUGCCGCGUCGCCUCAGAGAUCACACCUGGCCACCAGACAACAUCCUCUGUAGUCACGGCAACAGCAGAGCACCGCCCCCAAAACUACAGCCUUAGUAACCACAGCCUUAGCAACACCACUGUCUGUCUGUAACACUGUAUAUUCAAGUAGCACUGUCUGCAAGUAACACUAUGUGUCUGUAACACUGUAUGUCUGUAACACUGAUGAGAGUAUGUACUACUUAAAUCAACACAGCCCGCCCACACACACACACACACACACACACCUGUGGUCUGUCCUGCUGUUAACGAGCCUCCUCGUUAGUGAACGACAGAGGAAACACAGAGAUGAGUUCAGAGCUGCAGAUCAGCACCAGCUUCACCUCUCCAGCUGGCUCUGCCCACCAGCUGGGGUUUUUACUGGGAGCACUGGGAGCGCUGGGAAUGCUGGUACCCCGUCCACACCACCUCCAUGUGUCCAAAACCCGCCAGAGUCCUCCUCCCCGGACCGGCUGUUGUGAACGCUCUCCAUGGAAACAGCACAACACCACGUUCUGUCACUUUGUUUCCUGUUUCUGGAGCAGAAAUGAUGGGAUCCACACUCCACCUGCUAACACUGCCGCUGCCGCCGCCCACACCACCAGUACUGCCAGUACAUGUACAGGUUGUACUAGUGCUACUAGAAUAGAACCACCACUACUACCCGAGCUUGUACUGCAGCAUCCAUCUCCAUGGCAGCAGCUCGUAGGAACAGCUGACUGUGUAACCCAUCACUGUUAGCAAGAAUGAGACAGCUCCCUUACAUCAGCCUCCCUACACAAUACACCAUCAUCAUCUUCAUCAUCAGCAUCAUCAUCAUCAGUGAGCUUCACUGUGCUCAUGGACUCGGCUUCUGACCAUCCAUACAGCCGUGCUACUGCUCUGUUUACAUCAUGACAUCAUCAUGACAUCAUCAUAACCAGCACUACUCUAGGGUGUUAGCUGAUUUCUUCUGUCUACGUUUUGUCCAGUAUUUCCUCCAGAAGUAUAAAAAGUGCAAGGUGAAGAAAUCUGAGCCGUGCUAACAGGCUGACACCCUGGAACAGAGCUGGCACCAGACCAGACGGUUUUCAUCCUUAAAUCAUGUUUCAUACUCUGUUUACCAGCAGGCCUGACACACUGAACUGUGCCAUAAACUCUAUUCAUCAAGAACUGCAUCAUAACACCUCAAACCCAGAGCCACACCUGAGAAUUACACUUCAACUUAACGGCAAAGAGAAAUGAGCCUUAAUGAGGAACCAGCUGUUUUUAACGAGAAAGAGGUAUGAGUUUAAUGAAAACAGCUUUUUGUUUAACGAGAAAUAAAAUUAAAGUCAAAAUAAGCCUCAACUUAGAAAUAAGCUUUAACAUAAUAAGAAACACUUAGGAAUAAGCCUUAACUUAAUGAGAAACACUUAUAAAUAAGCCUUAACUUAAUGAGAAACACUUAGGAAUAAGUCUUAACUUAAUGAGAAACAUGUCUGAGCUUCCUGGGCAGUAAAACCUGAUGAUGGUCUUUGUGUUUGAGGUGCAGAACGCCUGUCACUCAGCUCACAGGUGUGUUCUGUGCAGGUGAGGUGGAUGUAGUCGGAGAUAAACGCACGAUGAGUCUGAAUGAUGGUCCUGUAACGAAAUCCACUCUGUAAUUUAGUGCUCAUUUACUUUACCUCAGCUAACUUAAUGAGUUAAGCCUUAAUGAGAACUACAACCUUUAAUUUAACAAACUGUGCCUUAAUGACAACUACAACCUUUAACUUAAUGAGCUGUGCCUUAACGAGAACUACAACCUUUAAUUUAAUGAGAACUACAAGCAUUACCUUAACGAGCUGUGCCUCAACAAGAACUACAACCUUUAGCUUAACGAGCUGUGCCUUAACAAAAACUACAACCUUUAACUAAUCAAGAACUACCACCUGUAACUUAACGCACUGUGCCUUAACGAGAACUACAACCUUUAACUAAUCAAGAACUACAACCUUUAACUUAACGAGCUGUGCCUUAACAAGAACUACAAGCAUUACCUUUAACGAGCUGUGCCUUAACAAGAACUACAACCUUUAACUUAACAAGAACUACAGCCUUUAACUUAACAAGCUGUGCCUUAACGAGAACUACAAGCAUUACCUUAACGAGUUGUGCCUUAAUGAGAACUACAACCUUUAACUUAAUGAGCUGUGCCUUAACGAGAGCUACAACUUUAAUUAAGUCUUAACAAGAUAAUCCUGAAAUUGAUUGUAACAAACUGUUAAAAACUGCAUGUUCAGUUAACGAGCUGUGCAUUAACAAGAAGUCUUAACAACCACACCUUAACUUAUUGAGGACUGCACAUUAAUGAUAACUAAGUCUUAACAUAAAGAGGAGUGUGUGUGUGUGUGUGUGUGUGUGUGUGUGUGUCUGCCUACACUGUGCAACAUGUUGGUUGUUACUGAGCAGGUGAUGAUGUCAGCGUGUGAUGUCAUGAGGUCACGCGGAGGUCAGAGGUGACUCAGCAGGAGGAUACAGAAAGUUGUCAUGGUGAUGAUGAUGUUGAUGAUGUUGAUGACGAAGAUGACGAUGAUCCCGUCAUCCUGCACAUGGCUAGAGGGUGGAGCCUGACCAGACCUUAUAUGGGCGAACAGGAAGUGUAGCGCUAACCUUAGCUGCAUCAAAACUCCAGGCAACACACUGAUCACUGCAACCAAUCAAUCAAUCAAUUAAUCAAUAAAUCACUUGUAACAUUUCAACCUGUUGCAAACAUGAUCAGUCUGUUUUGUUUUGUUUUUCUGAGUAAUGAGGAGGGAAUCUGAUUCGCUGCCUACGUACAUGUGCCUAAUACAUGUGAUUAUUGAUCACUGAUUGCUAAUCAUCUGUUCAGUGUGAGGAUGAGAUACUGUUGGAUUUAUUGAUCUAGUUCAACCUUCUCCAUGUCCUGGGCCCCAGGCCCUGGACUCUGCCUGCAUCACUGAGCUGAAAUGUGAUUUGAUGGGAAAGAAAUGAGGGCCUGAAUGUCUCGUUGCCAUGGAGAUCUUUGCAGCUUAACCCUUUGAAACCUGGACGGACGUCACGGCUCUUUUCUUUAAAUGAUUUGAAAAAGCUUUGACAAGCGUUAUUCCAGAAAACUAUUUACAGUUAUUAUAAUUAUGUAUUUAAAACUAUGUUACCUUUUCUGGGGCGAACUUUCUGGUCAUUUUCUUGUUGUUUUUUCUUUUUUGCUAAAUUUAAGGUAAUUUUCUUUUUUCUUUCUUUCUUUCUUUCUUUCUUUCUUUCUUUCUUUCUAAUGUUUGGCUCAUUUCUGGUUAAGCUGCUCAUUUUGACAGAGUCUAAUGAUCCUGCUCAGGUUUCAAAGGGUUCAGCUCCUCCCUCGUAUUUUUCUCGGUGUCGUCCCUGUAUGUGUAAACCAAGCGCUCCUCUGGCUCUCCGCUCUGUAUUUUAAUAUUUUAAUAUUUUAAUAUUUUGCUCUGCGGUGCUGAGCUUGUGUUUCGGUGUCCUCGCAUUCAUCCUCUUCAAACAGCAGCUUCGCCUCUUUGUCUUCAUUUUUACGUCAUCAGUGUGUUUGUGAGCGUUUCUGUUGAGCUGCACGUGAAGCCUCAGCUCUCACACUCCGCUCUGUUUUACUAAUCUGCCACACACUCCUAAUGACGCUUCACUGUUGGCUAUUGAUGAAUAUAUGAAUUAAUAUGAAUUGAUAGGUGGUUAUUGAUGUGUAUUGAUGUGUGUGUUGUCUGUGGGGAAGCUGGGAGGGAUCACUGUAGAGACCAUGAGAAUAAUAAAGAUGUAUUUAUUUUCAAUAAAAA